AUGGGGAUUUUUAUUACGGAUAUGAAAGAUGACAGUGAGUACCAAAAUGCUAAGAACUGUGACAAUGCAUACUGGGAGCAUCCAAUAGAGGACGGCCAGAAAGACCAACGACCAAGGGAGAUGAAUCGGAGCAAAGAAAGAGUUAUAUGCAGACUCAUGACGCAAGCGAUAUACUUUGCGAACGGAUGGACUAAGGAAGUAAAGAAAAACAUAGGCCACGAUACACAUAGUCACGAUAUUAAGGGGCUAAUAAGAUGCACAAUAGCGGAUAUAUACCAAGACAUACUGAGGGAAGACACAUGCGAGGGUUGGUGGGGUACAUACUAUGCAUGGUACGUCGUGGACCAAAUAUCGGGAGCGCUGAAGCAUAAAGUCAGGGAACAGCAUUGUAAGAAGGGGAAGUACAAGACUAUAGAAUUGAACACUUGGAACAUUAGGAAUAAGAUGAAGACAUGGCUAAAGCAGAAUGAACAGAUGAAGAAGAAAAUUGAGCAGGAACACAUAGGCGAAGGGUGUACGGGAAGGGAGGUAAAGACUAGGGAACAACUGAAAAAGGCCGGAGCAAUAGAGGACCAAGAGGCUGAACACAAGACAGAUGACGAAAUGAAACACACAGUAAAGCAGCAAGCAGAGAAGAUUUUGGGCGAGGUUCAGACAGAAAUGGAGAAGGAGCAGGACCAAUUAAGGGCGUCACCUGGGAAGGCACCCACGUACCCUUCUGGGGCAGACGCAGACGAAAAGAACGCUGAAGACAUCGAGAAACAAAUACAACAAGCAAUCGAGGAAGUGAAAGACGAAUUAAACGAAAUUAUCGCGCAGACUGCCGCUGGACAAGCAGCCGCCGCCAAUGCAGCAACCACACCAUCAAAGGCAUCGCCAGAGAAAACAGUUCCUGUGGCACCACCGAAGAAGCCAGAAGAUCCACCAGCUAAGGUACCAGAGGCACCAAAGGAGGUUGUUCCUGAGAAGAAAGGGCCGGCAACAGUGAAUGGGGCAGAUGGAGUGGGAAGGUCCGAUGAUUCCGAAACGGGAUCCAUACCACCACCUCCACCUGCGGCACCAGCACCAGCAGAAGGAUCAGCGACAGCGGGAGAUGGUACGAAGGUGCAACCGAAGGGCAAGGAUAUAGACAAAGCAGGUAAGUGUGGAAGUAAACCCACAGUUUCCGUGACCAAGAAUGCAGGCAGCGGAAUCUAUGCUUCUUCGUCAGAGACACUUGUCUCCUUUGGACCGAGUUCCGGAACUGGUGAUGAAUGUGACAGGACGCCCCAAGACUCGGGACCAGGACCUGAAGGAGUACACACCAAACCUACACCGGAUUCACAAACACCAGCACAAGAACCACCACCAGCAGCACCCACCCCGCCACCAGUAGCAACGGAAGCAGCACCCGCGCAGCCCGCAUCAGGUGGGGACACCGCACCCACAGGACCAGCACCCGACCCCGCAUCCCAGGGAUCCCCCACCCUUGAUAACCAGGACAAAGCUGCCACUGAUAGCGUCGUCAGUGGUGGGGGUGCCGUCGUCGAUGGCGGCAACGAUGACCCCCCUCCUCUCAAUCCACCCAAACCAAAACCGACCCCGAACCCCGAUCAAUCGGGUAGUAGUGUCGGCUCAGGGAGCCCCGGCGGCGUCCAAGACCCAGGUAGUACCGCAGGGAGUUCUGAGAACCGCAGCGGCGGUCUACCAGAUGUUGCUGGUGGUGGAGGAGGAGGUGGAAGUUCCUCCAGUUCAUCAUCUAGUUCAAGCUCCAGUUCAAGUUCUGCUACUGGUGCGGCAGCCGGUAAGCAAGCGGACACUGGCUCCCAGAAAUCUCAGUCAAAACCAUCACCCUCUCCUUCAAACAAGUUUGGCUUGAACUUAGACUUUGGGAAACAUACAGUAGGUGUAGGUGGAUCCUAUGGACCUUAUGGAAUACCUGUUACACCCGUGGGGAAAUCAACUAAUGAGUUUGAUGAUAAUAUCCCCCCCAUCUUUACUGCAACGGACAUCUUACUUUCUACUCCUGUUCUUAUCUUCUUUGCAUUUGUCACUUCUCUUAUCCUGCUCUUUUUUCUUGGCAAGUAUUUUGCCUUCCUCGGACACAAACGACGACGAACCUAUCGAACCGUUCGUGACGUGCCGUCACCGCCACUCGACGAAGAAAUUCUAGACCAUCUACAACGCGGCGAACUACCACCACCCGAUUACGGUUACACGAUGAUUCGGGAUAGGCAGCCCGGCAGAUUGCCCGCCCAACGACGACGACGUCAUCCACGCGUGCAUAAGCGCACGAUCAUUGAGCUACAUCUAGAAGUGCUCAACGAAUGUGAAGCAACCGAAUGGAAAAACGUCAAAGACGACUAUUUGCAAAUACUCGUUGAAGAGUUUAUGGGGGGCAACCACGGACAUAGUAGUUUCCCGGAUACUGCUAUCCCAAACGAGGGUUUACCAGGGAACCAUGUUCCAUCCACUGAGUCCGACGGCAUGGAUCCAUGUCCACCUAACGAAGAUAACCCAUGGAGUUGUAUGGAAACUACAGAGUUAGAAACGAAUUCAUGUCCACCACAUGGCCCCGAUCCAUGGAGUUGUAUGGAAACUAUACAGUUAGCAACGGACCCUUGUCGCCCUAACGAAGAUGACCCAUGGAGUUGUAUGGAAACCAUACCGUUCGACAUGGGCCCUUGUCCACCGAAUGACCCCGAUCCAUGGCGUUGUAUGGAAAGCAUACAGUUAGCAGCGGCCACUUCUGCUUCUAACGCACAGGACCCCGAUCCUUGCAGUAGUAUGGAAACUAUACCGUUAGCAACGGACACUUCUCCACCUACCAAAGACGACCCCGAUCCAUGGAGUUGCAUGCAAACCAUACAGUUAGAAGAAGAAGAGAGUCCUUCUUCCCUUGCAUACUCUUCCGACCCCGGCAAUGAACUGCCCGCCCCCGACGACAUUAAUUGGAUUAACUGGAUUGACCGCAACAAGCACCUAUUGCAGGCGUGCACGACGCAGCCGUGGUUUUUGCAGCUAACGUUGGCAUGGAAACAACACCUGCAUCAGCACAUGGCGGCAGACGCAAACAACGUAGUAUCCGGGCAGCGUGAACUCGGUGAAGCUGCAAUCCUGCCGAUGCAGAAAUUGGACUUGUGGAAAGAAUGGGUAGCGCAACAACAUCGGCAAAUGAGUAUGUAUGACGCGCAGGAGUGGUUUCAACAUUUGUUGAAUAAUGUGGCGGCGACAGUACCGGACACACGCGCAGUACCUGGAGUGGAAAACGACUUAGAAGUGGACAAAGUAAUGGGAACAGCAGAUAUGCUAAGAGUGAGAGAUGUUCCAAGGUCGCAACUGCAUCGGCAACCUUACAUGAAAAAACGGGUAACCGCUCAAAUAUGGAUACUGAUCCUGGCAUUAGUCAUAGAAGAGAGCGAAGUCGAGAGUAGCAUGCAGCAGACGGAGUUAUAUGUGGAUGACCUAUUGCAACAGUUUUCACAUUAG